CCGAGUGAGGCACUGUUCGGCGGCGGCGGCGAGCAAGUGGAAAUUCUGAAUAGAAGAUAAGAAAAAGAAGACAUUCAGGGAAUAUAGGCUAAUAACAUUACAUAACCAUAUAGAGGAAGAAAAGAGAAGAAGAAUUUCCAAAUAUGAUUAUGGAUGCCUCCUCUAUAAUUAUAGAGGCUGAUGAUGUGCAGUAUGAGGAGGAGCUUCUUCGUAAUCCCUUUUCUGUAAAGCAUUGGCAGAGGUACAUAGAACACAAGAAAGAUGCUGCACCAGAAAAACUUAAUAUCAUAUAUGAAAGGGCUCUUCUCCAGAUGCCAGGCAGCUAUAAGCUGUGGCACCUUUAUUUGAGAUUGCGUAUGGAACAAGUUAAGGGACGAUGUGUCACAGAUCCAGAGUUUGAGAGUGUAAAUAAUACCUUUGAAAGAGCCUUAGUAUUCAUGCACAAAAUGCCUCGCAUAUGGAUAGACUACUGCAGAUUUUUGAUGAACCAGCGAAAGAUAACAAGAACCAGAAAGACAUUUGACCGUGCAUUAUGUGCUCUACCCAUUACCCAGCACAACCGCAUAUGGCCACUUUACCUCAAAUUCGUCAUGUUAUACAAUAUUCCAGAGACAGCUGUAAGAGUCUGGAGAAGAUAUCUAAAGCUUUGCCCUGAAGAUGCAGAGGAUUACAUAAGCUAUCUUAUGUCCAUUGGACGACUGGAGGAAGCUGCCAAGAGAUAUGAGUGGUGUGUUAAUACCGAUUCCUUUACCUCCAAGUAUGGCAAAUCAAAACAUCAGCUAUGGUCAGAACUCUGUGAGUUAAUCUCCAAAAACCCACAGGAAACAAGUCUGAAAAAUGCAGAGGCCAUCAUUCGCCAUGGCCUGCAGCGUUACACUGAUCAGGUCGGGAUGCUUUGGAACUCCUUGGCAGAAUAUUAUAUCAUCAGUGCACUCUUUGAAAGGGCAAGAGACGUCUAUGAAGAAGGUCUACGAAGUGUUAUGACAGUAAGAGAUUUCACACAAGUGUUUGAUGCUUAUGCUCAGUUUGAAGAAUUAACACUAAAGAAACGAAUGGAAGAAGUUGAUGUUGAAGUGGAUGUAGGAGAAGAAACAGAGUUGGAAUUACGCCUGGCGCGAUAUGAGGACCUUAUGCAACGGCGGCCCCUCCUGUUGAAUUCUGUUAUGCUUCGCCAGAACCCACACAAUGUAUUGGAAUGGCAGAAGCGUGUAACUCUCUAUGAAGGGAAGCCAAAAAUGAUUGUAGCAACAUAUAUGGAAGCUGUGAAGACAAUUGAUCCAAAACAAGCCACAGGAAAACUUUUUUCAUUGUGGGUGAACUUUGCAAAGUUCUACGAAGAAAAUAACCAGAUUGUGGAUGCGCGAAUCAUCUUUGAAAGAGCAACUGAAGUUCUCUAUGUUAAAGUAGAUGACCUUGCAAGUGUGUGGUGCGAAUGGGCUGAGAUGGAAAUAAGACAUGGAAAUGAAGAGGAAGCUCUCAAGCUGAUGAAGCGAGCAACAGCACCUCCCCCACAAAAGGUGGCAUACAAUGAUGAAUCUGAGCCUGUCCAGCGACGCGUCUACAAGUCUCUAAAACUGUGGUCUAUGUAUGCUGACUUAGAAGAGUGUUUAGGCACCUUUAAGUCCUGCAAGGCUGUGUAUGAUCGAAUUAUAGAUCUGCGAAUUGCCACACCACAAAUUAUUAUAAACUAUGGCAUGUUUUUGCAGGAAAACAGCUAUUUUGAGGAAGCAUUCAAGGCCUAUGAAAAAGGAAUUUCUCUCUUCAAAUGGCCCUAUGUAUAUGACAUAUGGAACACAUAUCUCACAAAAUUCUUAGAGCGAUACAAGGGCACUAAGAUUGAAAGAGCGAGGGACUUGUUUGAACAGUGCUUGGAAAAGUGUCCACCAAAUUAUGCACGUAAUCUGUUCCUCCUGUAUGCUAAAAUGGAAGAAGAACAUGGACUGGCAAGGCAUGCAAUGCAGGUAUACAGUCGGGCCACUAAAGCAGUUCCACCAGAGGAGAAGUUGUCCAUUUACAACAUCUAUUUACAACAUGCACAACAGAUAUAUGGUGUUACUAAAACAAGAGAGAUUUACCAGGAAGCAAUUGAUGACCUACCUGAUGAAGGUUGUCGAGAAAUGUGUCUACGGUUUGCCGAAAUGGAGCGUAAAUUAGGGGAGAUUGAUCGGGCUCGUGAAAUCUAUGCUUACUGCAGUCAGAUAUGUGAUCCAAGAAUCACACCAGAAUUCUGGGCAAAAUGGACUGAUUUUGAGGUUGCUCAUGGCAAUGAAGACACAAUGAAGGAACUGCUGCGUAUAAAGCGAUCUAUGCAGGCCAAGUACAACACCCAGGUGAACAUGAUGUCAGCCCAAAUGUUAGCAUCUGCCGGUUCAGUUGCUGGCACAGUGUCUGAUCUAGCACCAGGAGCCAAGGAUGGAAUGAGGAUGCUUGAGGCCCGUGCUGUGGCCAUGAACAAAGAGGAACAGAUGUCCACUUCUGUUCCUCCAUCAGCAGCAGGAGGUUCCAAGAUCAUGUUUGUCCGUGGUUCAACUACCAAAAGGGAUGAUGAAGUUGCAGACACAGCUCGCACUGCAAAUCCUGAUGAAAUUGAUUUAGAUGAUGACGAUGAUGAUGAUGAAAGUGAUAUGCCUCAGCAGAGAGAAGUCCCAGCAGCAGUGUUUGGUGAAUUGAAAAAGGAGUAGAUGUACUAAAUUUUCUGUAAGCCUUAUUUAGAGAGAAUAAAAAACAAGAUAUUUUC